UGUGCAUGUGCGAGUGUGUGCCACCACUGUGCGAUGACAGCUUAGCAACUUCAGUCUUCACUCGUGCAGGAAUGGACUGCCAGUGCCGGAACUUACAUUGGGGUGUUCUCAGACACUAUGAGGUUGUGUGUGUUUGUUCUCGUAUGCGUGUAUGUCAUUUUGCGUUCGUGUGUACAAACGCAUCUGAGAGAGGCUCAUAUAGGUGCAAGCAAUCAUGGCUGUGAACAGAGUAUCUCAACUGUGCUUUGACAUUACCAGGCUGUGGCUGCAACUGAAGAUGAUGACAGAUGAAAUUUUACAGACAGAAGAGCUUCCUUUGUGUGCAGCAAAAAUUGGCACUGAACUCCAGAAGCAGUUUGCCACCCUACCAGGAGGCCGCGGGACUGAUGGCAGCCCCAUCAUGAUCUUCCCAGAAUUCCCUGCUUUCAGCGAACUGAAAGAGGAUGAGCUCAAAAAUGUGCUUAACUACCUCAUACAUGUGCCCAGCAUUGCCACAUCAGGAGUAGGAUUCAUUCUAGUCAUCGACAGACGACUGGACCGAUGGGCUGCUGUAAGGGCAACCCUGCUCCGAAUUGCAGGCUCCUUCCCAGCAAAUGUAAACUUGGUUCUGGUGCUGCGUCCCACUACAUUGGUGCAGCGGGCACUGUCAGACUUCCUCUUCAAGUUCAGCAAGGAUGAGUUCAAAAUGAAGGUGGUCAUGCUGAGUUCAGUGACCGACCUCCAUGCCUAUAUCGAUCCAGGACAACUCACCACGAAUUUGGGGGGGGUGCAAGAAUACUGCCAUGAAAGCUGGAUUUCACACCGCACCGCAAUUGAAGCAUUCGCUCUCAUGGUGAAGACGACAGCUCACACUUUGCAGGCCUUUGGCACAGAGCUUGCAGAGACAGAAUUGCCCAACGAUGCUGAGGCCACUACCAUUCUACUGCACUCGCAUUCUCUAAAAAAGGAAAAAAUGAAGGAGGACCUACAGGUGUCUCAAUCUCAAGGUGUACGCCUACUGGAGUGCAUCAAUGAGCCUUUUCAGACUGACAUAGAAUACCAUACGACCCAUGAUGAGCUGGAAAACUUAGCCACUGUUCAGCGACUACUGGGUCAGCUGGAUGAGACAGAGACAGCGUUUGACGAUUUCUGGGAACGCCAUCGCUCCAAGUUGGAGCAGUGUUUGCAGCUCCGCCAUUUUGAGCAACACUUCCGUGACGUACGCUCCCAACUUGAUGCAACAUUGGAACGCUUACGCGGUUUCUCAGAGGUCAGCGUAAAUCCCGCCCAUGCCGAUCACGUCCUCGGAGAGCUCACCUGUCAUGAGGAAAAGGCCUGUGAUGUUUUAGACUACGCCUUGUCACUUGCCAGCAAAGGCGACGGGCUGAUCGAGAGUGCUCACUAUGCAGAAGACUCCAUUCGGCCGAAGUGCUGCGAGCUAAGAGCAAUGUGUGAGGAUAUCAGCUCUACUCUGAGGGACAAGAAGGAAUUCCUUCUAACAGCAAUGGAGCUCCACCGUCUCCUGGAGAAGGCCUCCCGUUGGUGCGAAGAGGGAAUUUAUCUGUUGGCGAGCCAGCCAAUGGACCGAUGUCAAUCUCAAGAUGGAGCUGAGGCUGCUCUUCAAGAAUUGGAACGAUACCUGGACACGGCGCCACUUCACACCCUUAUCAACUGCAGCGCCAUCUGCUGCCAAUAUGAGCCGGUGCUCACAUCCCAGCUCAAGGAACAGGUAGAGAGAGUAUUCCAGAAGCAAAGCUCAGUUCAGGAGAUGUUUGAUAAGAGACUCAUCAGCCUGAAAAAGCUUGCUGCCAAACAGACACGACCAGUUCAGCCAGUGGCUCCAAGACCAGAAGUCAAGUCUCCACAUGCAUCUCCUAAUCAACAGAGAAAAGAGAGGAGAUACUCAGCAGAUAAUGCCCUCUGCAGAAAGGUGGAAUCUCCUGUACACAAUGGCAGCACAAGGCAUGCCUCCCUCUCCGAGGAAGAAGAAAACCUUGCUGUCCUGAGACGACACGUGAUGAAUGAACUACUGGAAACGGAAAGAGUGUAUGUGGAAGAGCUCCUGUGUGUUUUAGAGGGCUAUGCGGCGGAGAUGGACAAUCCCUCCAUGGCUCAUCUCAUCCCCAGUAUACUGCUGAGUAAGAAAGACAUCUUGUUUGGAAACAUGUCUGAAAUUUACCAGUUUCACAAGAGGACAUUUCUGAAGGAUCUGGCGGCGUACACUAACUGUCCUGAACUUGUGGGGCGCUGCUUUUUAGAAAGAAUGAAGGACCUGCAGAUCUAUGAGGCUUACUGCCAAAAUAAACCUCGCUCUGAGAGUUUAUGGCGACAGUGCUCAGAUUGUGCCUUCUUCCAGGAAUGUCAGAAAAAGUUGGAACAUAAACUUGGACUGGACUCCUACCUCCUGAAACCCGUCCAAAGAAUCACCAAGUACCAGCUUCUGCUGAAGGAGUUAUUAAAGUACAGUAAAGGUUGCGAAGGCUGUGACGACCUUCAAGAAGCUCUCUCCUCCAUUUUGGGCAUCCUGAAAGCUGUCAAUGAUUCUAUGCACCUCAUUGCCAUCACGGGCUAUGAGGGUAACCUCUCUGAGCUGGGUCGUUUGCUCAUGCAAGGCUCCUUCAGUGUGUGGACGGAGCACAAGAAAGGUCAUGCUAAAGUCAAGGACCUGGCCAGGUUCAAGCCCAUGCAGAGGCAUCUGUUCUUGCAUGAGAAGGCCCUGCUCUUCUGCAAGAAAAGGGAGGAGAAUGCCGAGGGAUAUGAAAAAGCCCCAUUUUAUAGCUUCAAACACUCUCUCAAUAUGAGCGCAGUGGGAAUUACAGAGAAUGCAAAAGGAGACAACAAAAAGUUUGAGGUUUGGUGUAAUUCACGAGAGGAAGUGUUUAUUGUCCAGGCUGCAACGCCUGAGAUCAAAACAUCGUGGGUAAAUGAGAUCCGCAAAGUUCUCACCAAGCAGCUCAAAGCCUGCAGAGAUGCCAGCCAACAGAAGAGCUGUGACUCCCCAAACCAUACAACAAACUACUCCAUCUCCCUCAGCCCCUUUUGGAGCAGCAGUCUCAAGAACCAGAAAAAGCAGGAGGACAAAAAGGCGGAGGCGAGCCCAGUAUCAGACAACAGUUCUACGCCUCCCAAACACAAAGAUGAGAUGGUGACAAGUCCAACUGCAGAGAAGUCCUCAGUGGCUAAAAAGCGUUUUACUUUACAGGGUUUCGGCAACCUCAAAAGUCCAAAAGGCUGGAGCAAAGUGUUGCUCUCAGUGGACGCCUGUGAGGAAAAUGAUGGCUACUCCAGUGGUGAGGAGACAUUGAACUCUGACCCUGAGGAUGAUACAGGCCAGAAGCUGAUUCCGGGGAAAUAUACCAUGGUAGCAGAUUCUGAGAAGACGGGAUCUCACGAGAUGUCAGUCAGGAGUGGCGAUGUGGUGCAGCUCAUCAGAGAGGGAGAGGAGGGACAAUGGUUUGUGAAGAACCUUCGCAGCAGCAAGGAGGGCUGGAUGGCACAGGCAAACCUACUAGGCCUAAUAUCAGAAUCCAAGUCAUCUCACUCACUCAGCAACUCAGAUGACAGUGUGUCUGGAAACCUUAGCACUUCCUCCAGUUGCAGUGCAACCUACACAAGCUUCUCAGACAUUAAACCCUGAAUUGUCCAGUACCACAGAAAACCAAGUGUUGCAGCAUCAAUAAUUUUCAACAGUGUUUUAGCAGUGUGCUACAUCCUAAUUAGUCUCUGUGUUCAAUUAUGUAGCACGAGCAUGGACUUGUCUCAAGAACAUCUCCGCUAGAAUUUUGAUGCGUACUGCUGGCAGUGAGUCAUAGCGAGUGCAAUUAAUGUCCUGUGUUAAUCAACACAGUGGAAAAAAUGACAUCGGGCUACAACUAGUUUAUAAUGACCUGCAGUUCAUGGACCUAAAGAGAGCGAAAAACUGAAAUCCCAAUUGGUAUUUUUUGCAUUUGUAGUGGUUCUUGUCAAUAUUGGGGGUGGGGCAGAGUCAUCAGCACCAUCUGGUGGUCCGGGCCCCUACAAAGUUCCAUCAGCCGAACAAGAUGUGGACCUUGUUCCUUUGAAAAAUCUUGAAAAGAUCAAUCCUCAACUGCUCUGGAUUAACCUCUGGGGCAUCUUGGGGCUAGCAGGUGUGACUACAUUCCUCCCCCACUUGGACUUCAGUGUAUUAGUGUGCACAUUCUUUCAUAUGUACAUGCAAAUAUGUUCUUUGGAAUAAUCCAUACAUGAUUGUCUCACUGACCCUAAACAUUAUAUUUAUUUUUUUGCAUAGCUUCAUUAAGUACAAUUAUGUAAUUGUCACAGAUUCUUCUUACCUAUCUCUAUUUUGCACUUUGGAAUAAAAAGAGGCUUUGUCCUGUUGUGCCACUCCCAGCCCAAUUCAGGCAUGUGACAGUGUAGUCACUUCCCUCCAUGCAACCAGACUAAGACCGGCUCAGCUUGUUUGUUCCAGUGGCCUGACAACCAUUUUAUUUUAUGAUUACGGCCUUCCCCAAACUAACAUUGGUGGAAACAAAUGUGGUUUUAUGUGCGUGAUACACGGUAAAGAUUGCCCUUAAAUGCUAUGAAGAAGCAGAUUAUGAUGCACUGCAACAACUAUUGUGAGAAAUGGGAGGAACCUUUGCUCCCCUCAACAACGACAUAGGCCUAUUACCUUGUUUUCUUUUGACUAUUUUUUUUUUUUACAAUGCUCCAUUUUUACUGAACUCCUGAGGGUUUCUUUAUCUUCUAUGUUACAUGUGAGACACCUAAAUCCACUGCAGCUCACUGCUGCAGUAAAAGCAGCCCCCUUAUUCAUUGCUCGGUAUUGGUUCUAUUGGUCUAGUGACAUGGGGGGAAAAUAGGGACUAUUAUCUGUGUUGUUGAUAAGGUAUUCUCACUAUUUUUGUUGAGAACCACUUUAAAAUCCAUUGUAACUGUCGAGCACAGACUGUCUUCCCUGUGAUAGGACAUUGUUGCCUUAUAAAAGCUAAAAAGUCAACCAGCAAAUUUCAAACUGGCUGACACAGUCUGUCACUAUAAUACAGAAAUGUCACUCCUAUAUUCUGCUCUGUCAAAUACCUCGUAAUAAUCCUCUGGAGUUUGGUAGUCAUGAAGAGGAUAUUUUUUGUGUGAAACAUUUCACCAGCCAUUGUUUACAUUUGAAGUGUUUAUUUUCUGCUCACAGAUGAAAGCUGAUGUGUAGUUUUUGAUCACGGUCACAAUUAUUUGUGCUUUUAACUUGGGAGGCUGGAGAAUUUGUUUAUAUUUUGUACUUUCUUUUUACACAGCACAUUGAAGCAACCACAAUCUUUAUUUUCCUAUUGUACUGUAUAUUUACUGAUAUAAAGCUCUGAAUAUUUGUAAAUAUGUAAUUCUGUAUUGUAUGUAAAAUCAGAAACCACUUUAAUAAAGUCAGAUGGAAAAACAAGGCCGGUUGAUGAAAGUUAUGCAUCCAUACAUCUAACAUUAAUUCAUUAUUUGGGUUGAUGCUAUGAGCUCGACUUUAUACCACUUGACUAUGGGUGAGAGGAAGGGUACACAUGGGACUGGUUGCCAGACAGUUGCAAGGGAACAUAAAAAAAACAAUCAUUUGCAAGAAGCUGGAGUACUACAGCAUUAUGAGAUAACAUGCAAACUCAACAAAGGAAGCCCAAAGCUGUAUUCAAACCCCCAUCAUCAGAAUUGAGGCAGAAGAGCUCACCACCAUUUGCUAAAUGAAAAA